CAAUCAAAGACCCACUGCCAGAUGUCGGUGUUACUAUCUGCCGGCUUGGUCGUUCCCGGCCCUGACCGACGACAGGGUAUCGGAGCAUGGCCGCGCAAGUAGUCGUCGUAGAUCCCCGCUCGCAAUCCCCCAAGUCGGUGUGUUGUCCUCUCCUCCUUCAGGCUUGUGUCAACCCAAGACAACCCAUCAACCAUCCAGUCGACAACCAUUCAGUCAUAUAGCAUCCAACCGCACAUCCCAUAUCUCAUCAAGUAUCCCACAGCGCAACAAUGGCGGUCGGCAUCCUCUCCAACACCAUCGGCCUCGGGGUCUCUCCCAGCGUGGGGACGUUCCCGCAGGACCGGUUCGAGGAACUCGUAAUGGGGUUGAAGGAAGCACUUGGUCCGUCGUCGGGUCUGACUUGUGACGAUGUCAACGUCAACUUCCUGACCCGCCUCAUGGAGGACUAUGAUGGCUCCGACAACCAGUGGAGCAAGUAUGCCUUUGGUGACCACAGCCGGGGCUACACCAGGAACCUGGUUGAUGAAGGCAACGGCAAGAGCAACCUGCUUGUCCUUGUUUGGUCUCCCGGCAAGGGCAGCCCUAUCCACGACCACGGCAAGGCUCAUUGCCUGAUGAAGAUCCUGCGAGGGAACCUGACCGAGACUCGUUUCGCCUUCCCCGAGAAGGAGGGUGAAGGACCACUAGAGUUGAUAUCCGAGAAGGUAUAUAAGGAAAAUGCUGUCGCCUAUAUGGCUGACGAGCUUGGACUCCACCGAGUGUCCAAUAAGGGCAGCGACUUCGCUGUCUCCCUACACUUGUACACUCCCCCCAACGUAGCCAAGAAGGGGUGCCACAUCUUUGAUGAGAAGACAGGAAGAAAGAGCCACGUGCCAGGUUGUCAUUACUUCUCAGCAUACGGCCGGCUGCUGAAGGAGUAGACAAUGCGGCGUCUUGGGCCUCCAAGGCCGUGACGAGACAUGACUUUGCUGGAUUAGCGUUUGCGAGAUUGCGUAUCGAGAUUGAUCGCUGCUUUGUCUGC